AUGACAAAGUUUCAUUUCAACCCAAUUCCAAUAGACAAGAAGACAAUAAAAUACUUUCCAAAUAUAGAGACUCUUAACCUUUGGCGCCAAAAAGACGAGACUUUUGGAAAUUCUCUUUUUGGUGAUGAAAUACCAACUUCACAUUGUAAGACCGACUUCUAUCGAAUUAAUGUUUGGUGUAGCCAAGAUUACACAACCACACAAAAGCACUUGAUUUCCAACAUUAGUUAUAAAAACAUAACAUACACAAUUCGAGACAGAAAAUUGUAUGGCGAUGUCAUCCCACACACCAUUAAAAGUCUUGACAGAAUAUGUUUUAAGAAUUCAAACUUCUCGGAUAUCAACAUUCCAAAUUCAGUCACGUCUAUCAAAAAUGAGUGUUUUUAUCAAUGUUGUUCUUUUAAGCUAAUUAUACUUCCUCGGUACUUAAAAGAAAUUAAAACGUCUGGAUUUUGUUCGUGUAGUUCCCUUGAGUUAGUGGACAUCCCACAGACACUCAGUUUGUUGGGAGAACACUGUUUUUCUUAUUGCAUUAAUUUGAACUCAAUAAGUCUUCCAAAUUCUCUUUCGAUUAUUCCAAGUAAUUGCUUUAGCUAUUGCAACAAACUUUCAAGUGUCAAAUUUCCGUCUCAAAUUGUGUCGGUUGGCGAAUUCUGUUUUGAUCUGUGCCUUUCCUUAAAAACAGUUGAAAUACCAAACUGCAUUUCUUUUAUUGGAAAAGACGCCUUUUUGAGUUGUAGUGGUUUGACUUCUGUUUACCUUGGAGGACAAGUCAAAGAAUUAGAAGAGUUUGCAUUUUGCUGUUGUGAAAAACUUAUAACAAUAAAUAUUCCAAGUACUGUUACUCAAAUAGGAAAAUACUGUUUUAGUGCGUGUUCACAUUUGAGUGCUAUUUCCCUUCCAAAAAGACUUAAUAAAAUUCGAAAAAUGUGUUUUUAUUCAUGUAGUAAUUUGGAAAAUGUUGUGAUUCCUUAUAGUGUUUCUAAAAUUGGAACAGGUGCUUUUGAAAAGUGCGGAAGUUUAAAAACGCUACAAAUAACAAGUAAUAUCUUGUCACUUAAAGAAAAUUGCUUUAAAAAUUGCACUGCACUGGAAAUUGUUGUUCCACCCACAGUCGGUUUUAUUGGAGAGGAUUGUUUUAAAAACUGCAAAAAUGUUAUUCACUUAAAAAUGAAUAAUUAA